AUGGAAAAUUCGUUCGCUUCCGAUCGGUGGACGGUACGGCGGGCCACCGCACUGUUGACCGUGUUUUCUCCCCUGACAUUGGCCAUGCUGCUUAUACUCGCGUUUGUUUUGCUGAUCUUCAAGGCGCGCCGGGCCAAGAUGGUGAAGCUGAUCGACCAGAUACCCGGCCCCGUUUGCAUGCCGCUGGUCGGCAACGGUCUGCAAAUUAACGUCGGCUGCAAAGAUGAGCUUUUUGAUCGCAUCAUUGCGUCGAGGAAAAUGUUUGGCCGCCGGCAAGGUAUCAGCCGCGUCUGGAACGGUCCGAUACCGUACGUGUUAAUAUCCAAAGCUUCUGCCGUCGAGCCCAUACUGAGCAACCCGAAGCUGGUGGAGAAGAGCAACGAUUACGAGUACAUGAAGGCAUGGCUGGGGAACGGUUUGCUCACGUCGCCCGGAUACAUCUGGCAUCCGCGUCGCAAAUCGUUGACACCGGCAUUCCACUUCAAGAUACUGUCGGACUUUGUGACGAUCUUCCAGAACCAGGCGGACGUUCUGAUCGAGAAGCUGUCGGAGCGCACGGCACUGGAUGAACCGUUCAACAUUGUGCCGUACGUGACGCUGUGUGCGUUGGAUAUAUUCUGCGAAACUGCCAUGGGAUGUCCAGUGUACGCGCAAAAGAACUCCAACUCGGAAUACGUUCGUGCCCACAAACAAAUCGGAAAAGUAAUACGAAAUCGAUUGCAAAAAAUAUGGCUCCAUCCAGACUUUGUCUUCAAGCGCACGAAAGAGUUCCAAAAGCACCAGGAAUGUCUGAAGGUGUUGCAUAACUUUUCCGACCGCGUGGUGCGGGAGCGAAAGGAAGAACUUCGCAAGCGCAAGCUACAGCUAGAUCAAAACAACAACAACAACGACGACACCGCUGAUCCUUCUGGAGACUGCAGCGAGCUCCAGGAUGGCAUCUACCGGAAGAAGCAGCUUGCCUUCCUGGACCUUCUGCUCGAGGGUUCGGGUUUGUCGGAUCUGGCGAUCCGCGAGGAGGUCGACACCUUCAUCAUCGGCGGCCACGACACGACAGCGGCCGCCAUGGCCUGGAUACUCUAUCUGCUAGGGGCCGCACCAGAGAUACAGGACCGCGUCAUACAGGAGAUCGACGAGGUGAUGGGCAAGGAUCGGGAUCGUCGCCCGACGAUGGCGGAGCUGAACGAGAUGCGCUAUCUGGAGUGUUGCAUCAAGGAGGGUCUACGACUAUACCCUAGCAUACCGGUUAUCGGCAGGCGCUUGACGGAGGACGUGCGGGUCGACAACUACACCAUACCGGCCGGUACCACCGCGAUGAUCGUGGUGUACGAACUGCACCGGGACGCGUCCGUCUUUUCCAACCCGGACAAAUUCAACCCGGACAACUUCCUGCCGGAGAACUGCAACGGGCGGCACCCGUACGCGUACAUCCCGUUCAGUGCCGGGCCGCGCAACUGCAUCGGCCAAAAGUUCGCUAUACUGGAGGAGAAAUCGGUCAUCUCGGCCAUACUGCGCAAGUUCCGCAUCGAGGCGGUGAACCGACGCGAGGACGUACAGCUGCUGUGUGAUCUGGUGCUGAGACCGAAGGAUGGGCUGAUAGUGCGACUCCAGAAGCGAGACUAA